GGUAAUUAAUCUCUACGCCUCUCUCUCCGCAAUUACUCCUUGAGAGCAUCUCUCUCUAUAAUAUUGAGUAUUGCUGACUUGAGCGUCGGAGUGUUUUUCCCGAGGAAACAAUCUCGGGAUUUUCAGGUGUAGAAGCAGCUGAAGACUUCAACAGUGUUGGAUUGUGAAGCUGCCCAAACAUUUGGCGCCGUCUGUGGGAACUCGAACAAGAAGUUGUGUGACUUAACCUGCUGAAAGACAAAAUGGUCCAUACCUUUACAGGAGGCCGCCCUCCAAGAAAUGAAAUGGACGAACAGGACGACACUCACGUAUCUGAACCCGGCUUGAAUGACUUUAGGCCAAUGCCAAGAAAUCUUUUUGUAGGGGGAGCCGAACAGGAUCACCUAAGUGAAACAGAUGAUGAUGAAAGAACGCCAACGGGGUAUGCAACCCAGCCUGAACAGUUCCAAGUUCCAACAGGGACAAGGUCAAGACCUUCUAGACCAUACAAUUCACAGCGUGAACGACCUGAAAGGUCAACAGAACCUGCUCGGACAACCGAGCUCGAAGAGAGAACCAGAAUCCUGGAAAUGGCAAUGGGUAAAAUCCUUGCCCGCCUGAUUCCGGAUGACCCCCUGAUUCCUCUGUUAAACAGGGAUGCACAACUAGCUACGAUGGUUGCAACUCGAAACUCCCCUGCUCUAAGCAACGUAGUGGUGCUGACCAGGCCAAGGGGAAGUGGGAAGUUGAAUAACGAACCCAGCUCAUCCAAACAUAGUGAAGAAUUGAUGAGAAAAAACGCAGACCUUGAAAGGCAGUUGCGGGACGUACAGAAGUCCAUUGACGAGCUGAAAAGUCCUAGGUCGCACCAACAAACCCUUGAUUUGGAUAAUGCUCCAUUGAACUUAUCCAUCACAGCAGAACCAUAUCAAGAGGGAUUCAAGAUUCCCCACCUAGAGACAUAUGAUGGCUCGGGUGACCCAGAUGAACAUUUGCAUACCUAUCAAGCCAUCAUGAGGAUUCAAAAUGCCAAUGAUGCCAUGAUGUGCAAAGUGUUCCCAGCGACACUGAAAUCAACAGCCAGAAGAUGGUAUCACAAACUCCCCAGACAUUCUAUAGACUCAUACUCUCAGCUCGCCAAGCUAUUCUCCAACAAAUUCGCGAGCCAGAGAGAGAUCAAACGCACAGCCACCGAGCUGAUGCAAGUUAAUCAAAGGGAAGGGGAAUCUUUGAGAGACUACAUGCAGCGAUUCAACAAAGCCACCCUGGACAUUGACAACGUCCCAGACACCAUCUGUCUGUCUGCAUUGUUGCAUGGGUUGAAGCGUGGUCGGUUUCUAGACGACCUGCUAGAGAACCCACCCAGGACUUGGAAUGAAGUGAAUGACAGGUCGGCUAGCUUCAUAUUAUCAGAAGACUUCCAGUCGUCCAAGCGGCGAGCUGACGAUAAGCAAAGCAAAAGCCAGGAACAGCCACCGAGAAGGGAAGAAAAGAAGAAACAGAAAGUUGGCGAGCAGUGGGGGAAGCCCGCUGACUUCCCAAAGUAUGCCAACUACAUUCCUUUAACCCUGCCAAGGUCUCAAAUCCUUGCGCAAAUCCAGCACUGGGUUAGGAGACCUCCGCCUCCAUUGCAUGAUUCCCCAAGAGCAGAUAAGAGCAAACAUUGUGACUACCAUCGUGUGUAUGGCCACAAUACCGAAGACUGCCAACACUUGAAGGACGAGCUGGAGUUUCUGGCUCGCAAUGGAAAGCUAGAAGGAUAUGUUCAGAAGCCCCACGCCCAGCAACCCACUCAAACUCAUUUUGUACAGGGUUAUGACCGACCUCAAGGGCAGAGGUACCAGCUCGGCGGGGCGCAGAAUGUAUAUCAGGAUAGCCAGUAUCCUCCUGAUCAGGGGAGAGCAUACAGAGGGCGUCCGUUCAACAGGAGAGGACAGGUACAGAGAGCUGUUGCCCAGAACCAAAAAGAUAAGAAAGGGGUAGGCUAUGCUGGGAUACCCCCGCCCUCGGGUACAAUAAACAUGAUAUCAGGUGGUGUUCACUCUAGGGGCCAAAACGCCCGAGCUCGCAAGGCAUACGCCCGACAGGUGAUGACUGUCAACAAAAAUAGACCCUUGAAGCAGCCAUUUGAGGAAGCAGAAUGGGAGAAUACACCUAUCACAUUCAGCCCGGCAGAUUACAAGCGAGCAGAAGGAGAGCUUGACAUUAUGAUGCCCCAUGCCGAUCCCUUUGUGGCAACAGUUCAUAUAAGCAAUCAUAAUGUCAAUAAGGUGUUUAUUGACACUGGCAGUUCGCUAGAUAUCCUGUAUUGGAGUUGCUUCCAGAAGAUGCAGCUAAAUCCGAGCUCGCUGCAGAAGCACGAAGGGCCAAUAUACGGGUUUGAUAACCAGCCCAUCCCGGUCGAGGGAGUUAUCACUCUUCCUAUAUAUGUGGGCUCAGAACCACGCUUCAGGAUGGCUUCCGUCACCUUCCUGUGGGAUUUUCGUCUACCAUUGGUAAAAAGCAUAAAUGUUAGCGGCCACAAAUAUGGCCUUGUAUAUGCUGGUGUGGGUUGGGUUAUUUGGAGGAACAAAGAGGACUUACCUGAGGAGCUUGUCUUUCACAUCAACUACCUUGGCUCUGAUCAGCCUACAUUUACCCUCAACUUCUCCAAAGGCUCUAGUCAAAUAAUUGCUCAGUACUAUCAGUUUAUUCGCCUUGGCUUCAAGGGCUACAAGAACAUCAUUGGAAACUGCAUGGAGAAUGCAAGAGUGUUGAGAGAAGGACUAGAGAAAACAGGGCGUUUUGACAUCCUUUCCAAGGAGGUAGGAGUGCCGCUUGUGGCAUUUGCUCUUAAAGACAGCACCAAAUACACUGUGUUUCAGAUAGCUGACAAUUUAAGGAGGUUUGGUUGGAUCAUCCCAGCUUACACCAUGGCCCCGGAUGCCCAACACAUUGCUGUCCUUCGCAUUGUGAUCAGGGAGGAUUUUAGCCGAGCCCUGGCGGAAAGAUUGAUCUCACAUGUUGAAGAAGUUUUGAAGGAAAUGGACACACUCGCUGCCAAAACUGCCGAAACAACAGCUACUGUUGAUGCAGCACAGAGGGGGAAGCCUGCUAAAAAGAGUGAGAGAGAGAUUCAAGAGGAGGUCACCCAAUACUGGAAGCGUUUUGUGGAUCGAAGAAGAACUGGAGUCUGCUGAGAGACUUCUGAAAUCCAUCUUCUUCAUAACAUUGUGAGUGAACAUUAGUGCUGUAUGCGUGAUUAUAUAUAUUAUGUGUUCUUGGUGUGCUAGCUGAAUGAGUGUAAUAACUCUUAAUGACCAUCAUAUAUAUGUAAGUAGAACAGAACGUUUAUAUUAGUUCU